GAGAGAGAGAGAGAGAGAGAGAGAGAGAGAGAGAGAGAUAGAGAGAGAGAGAGAGAGGGGUGUAAGUAAAUUUGAUUCGCUGGGAAUUUGUCAACUGGACGGGGCUCAGUCCAAUGAACUGCCACUUCUGACGACUGAAUCAAGUUACCCUGCCCAGAGACCAGGAAAUGCCGUUCUGUCUCCCAAGCGUAACAGAUGAUAGGAGCUGUUCUAUCGAUAUGACGGUGUUGCCUAUCGCAGCGCUUGUUCUUUGUUUCUUCAUACCUGCUGGUGAGGGUCUCUCGGAUCAUUUAUGGUCAGAGAAUCAACAGAGCGGUGAGUCUCAGCAGUUUACGAUAACGGUAGAGAACAGUCAGAUCAAUAAGCCCGUCGGAUCAGAUGCACUCUUUUCAGUGCGUCCGUCGAGCAAGGUCAGAAGUGGAGACUGGUCUAUUAAUGGAACAUUAGUCGUCCGGUGGAUCGAUCAAACCGUAUCUGCUGAUAAUGAGUAUACAUCGCGGGCUGAGCUAUUCACCUCCAACGGGUCGUUACGGCUGAAGUCGGUGAACAUGAAGGACAGUGGGGAAUACCGUGUGAACAUGAUUCCAGUCAGCGGUUCACAAAGCUCAGCGACCAUCACUCUGAAAGUCCUUGAGCCUGUUUCCAAUGUCAAUGUUACAUCUAAUGACACCCGCUUGAUCGAGUACAAUGACACCGUGAGCCUAACCUGCUUCGCAAAAGGCACAGCAGUCUCUUACGUGUGGCUUAAAGAAAAUAGUCCAGUAACUUCUGAUGACAGGUUUGAACUGAGUACCGAUAAUAGCACACUGACUAUUGCUGGAGUGUUACGGACAGAUGGACCAUUCAACUGCCGCGCAUCCAACUUGAUUAAUAACUUGACAAGCAAUCCGUUUAAUCUCACUGUUUUCUACGGACCGGAUCAUCCAAAAAUCACUAAUAACUCCGCCUCCAUUGCUUACAUUGCUGGAAGCACCACGUUAACAUGUUCUGCAGUGUCUCGCCCUGACGCUAAACUGACAUGGCAUUUCAGCAGUGACUUGCAUCAAACUGAGCAGUUUAGCCUUGCCAAUAUUUCCGUGAACAAGACAGGGAAUUAUACUUGUCAAGCCUAUAACGAUAUUACAAAAAGGUUCAAUGCCUCAACUCAAGAAAUAAUUGUGCUCGAGUUCGUGUCUCAAGUGACAAUAACCAGCAAUGAUACAACUGCUUUGGAAAAUAAUACGGUUGCACUCACUUGUGAGGCAAAUGGCACAAUUCAGGAAAGAACAUGGUUAAAAGAUAACAAAAUCAUCCCAAAUAAUAGCAGAAUAUCUAUGUCCUCCAAUAAUAUAACUUUGAGUAUAACCCGUAUUCACAGAAAUGAUGCGGGAAUUUAUACAUGUGUUGUAAGCAAUGAUUUCAGCAACGGCAGUGCAGUGAUCCACCUAAAAGUUUCCUAUGGACCAGAAAACAUCAAGAUUCAGCCGCAGGGUCCAGUUAUGGCAACUAUUGGCAAAACGUUGUAUUGUUCUGCCGUUUCAGUUCCAGUUGAAUAUAAAUGGUUUAAAUGGACAAAUAUGCUGCAGACAGAACAGAACUACACCUUCGAGUCAGUAAGGGAGGUUGACAGUGGAAAUUAUACUUGUCAGGUUUAUAACAGUGUAACCAAGGAAAGCAUCAGCCUUUCUGUAAAGGUCAUUGCACAGGACAGUUCAAGCGGCUUGUCAGCUGGAGCAAUAGCCGGGAUUGUGAUUGCAGUAAUUGCUGUAGUGGCGCUGGUGAUUGUGUUAGUUUUCUGGAUCAUCAAGAAAAAGGCACACAGGUUAAAUGCUGGACACGACAAAAGUGAUCCCAAAACGACUUCACCAGAAAACAUCCAAUCGUCACAAACAGAGUAUGCGGAAAUUGAAAGGAAAAUACCUAGCCAACCAAAACCGACGCCAUCUAGCAAUGGGACGAAUGCAGCACCUGCACAGGCGAAAGACGGAUAUGUGAUUUACACCAGGCCCAAUAUCAUUAAUGCAGGUGCCAAGCCUACCAGCGAACCCAUGAUUGACAACAGGACAGACUAUGCUGAAGUGAAGUACCGAUGAUUUCCCUCCACUAAUCAGAGAAAACUUUCCCCAAAAUGCACUGAGAACUGCCUAUGUUAUCUACUUCCCAUGCCACAAGCAUGUGAUUUCUCCUUGAGUUUUGUUUCUCUUUCUUCAAGGCCCACUGGGAAAGGGGUCGGGCGGGGGGUGGGGGGGGGAGCUUGACGCCUGCACGGUCGACCAGUCCAGUUCAGCAGGGAUCGUCAUGACGGGAGGGAGGCACGUGAUUGCAGCUUUGUCCCUCAGCAACCAUGCAAUGCUCGCCUCAGAUCCUUGGAAUUCAACGUUCCACAAUUCCUGGCCCGACAGGAUCAUGAAACCUCCCACCUAGGUAAUGUAGCCACACCGCGGAAUGUGCAUUCUCACACAUUACUACCAAUGAACACACAUCAGAGAGCAGCUGGAUCUUCCGCCACCCCCCCCCCCCCAUUCCUCCACCCUUCAUCUCCCUUGUGUCUGGUCUCCCCACACCUCCAAUUGCCCCUCGGUGAGUGUCUGGUUUCUCCAGCUGCUUCCAAUGUGCCGAGGAAGAAGUAGGGUCUGUUGCCUCAACUGUUCUUGCGAACACUUGCCCAAACCCCCUUGAAGCAAUGAGGUGAUCUGCACCACCUUACUCAUACUCACCUUGUUCCAGUUUGUGGGAUCUUGCUGUGCCUCUAACUUGCCUCUGUCCUUCUGAACUCAUGUCAGUGCCUUUUGCCUGUUGAUAUGGUAUCACUACUCCGUGUGGAAAUUCAAGACAUAUAUUUUUUUAUUUAUGUAUGAAGGGAGUGGGAGGGGAUUGAUGGGGAGGGAAUGUGAUGAAUGGUGCAUGAUUGAAACUUCAGAAGUUUAUUUUUAUUUAUCUGAGUGCACUAACUGUUGACACUUUGUAUGAAUUUCAUUGGCACUUCCCAUUCUCUCUAGAUGUUCUAGAUAGGCAAUCUCACUUGGGCUAUCCCUUGCUCUGUGAGUGAACCUGGUUCUUUCCCCCGUCCAAGGGGCUGUACAGUCCCGAUACUUCAACUAUGAGAGAAAAAAAUAUAAUUCUUUCCCCCCAAAAAUGGGGUUGCUUUGCAAAUGAUUCCAAACCGGACAAGUUUGGUGAAAUUUCACAUGCCCCUUGUUGCUGUUCAGCUCCUCGCAAUUCCACUUACCGUGAUGCUUAAGGAGGCUCUUCAGCUCACUAUCAGUUUGAUCGGCUCUGCUUUCAGUAAUCCAUGAUGCAUAUGUCUCUUCAGACACCAACUCCCUUUUGUGGUCUUUUUGUAGCUUAUUGUCCUUCCUGGAUCGUAAGGUACAAUCGUUAACCAACCAGCACAUGGAAGGAAACUAGAUCACUCAGGGAUGGAUGGUGGGGCAUCGGGCAGUGGGUGUUGGGAUGUUUGGGAGUGGAAAUGUGUGAAUUUCACUCAAAGAAUUCUGGAGGAUGGAAUCGAACCCCGGUGUCCACUGUACAUACUUGCAAAACUCCAACUUGUUGCUAUGUGUAAGCAAGCCCAUUAAAGACCUACUUACAAUAGCAAUGAGGUCUAUAAAAUUAGAACAACCGCAUCUUUUUCUCAAAAGUGGACUCUGCAGAUUCUGUUUCUGAAUUGACCAAAGUUACCCUUAAAAAGCAGCUCCAGAAAUAGAAGCAACACACACAAAAUGCUGGUGGAACACAGCAGGCCAGGCAGCAUCUAUUGGAAUAAGUACACUCGACAUUUCGGGCCUGCUGCGUUCCAUCAGCAUUUUGUGUGUGUGGCUUGAAUUUCCACCAUCUGCAGAUUUCCUUGUGCUUGCGUCCAGAAAUAGAUCAUGUUUUAUUAAAAAUUUAAAUCUGAUGUGGAAACAGAUGUUUCACAUGAGUAUUAAUUAACUGAUAUUUAACUGUUGAAGCAGUGUAAUAAACCAGGAUUGAUAUAAAUUUAAGGAAAAGUGAUGUGUAGUCUGUUCCAAAAUGUUUGCUAUAAAUGUAAUAUAUAUAUAUUUCAACAGACAUCAGCCAAUUACCAAUCUGUACUGAAUCAAGUUAUUAAAGAGCUUUAAUGUUUCAACAAUCACCAUGCUAUGU